UUCAAAACGGAAGUUGUGAAAAUACGUCAACACGUGUUUACAUCCGACGAUUGUCGCAACUCAUAUCGGAACUGUCAUUCUUUUGUCAAGACAAUGGGUCGUGUAAGAAGAAAGAAGAUGCACAAAGGAGAUAAACCACUGAAGGAGAAAUACAGAACCAAACGAAGGACGAAAGAUUUUGACGAAAUUCACGAGGACAUGAAACCAGGCAAUGCCGAAGCAUUAUUAAACCAAGAUCUGGACCACGACAAACCCGGAGGCGCACAGCACUAUUGUCUGCAUUGCACAAAAUACUUCAUCGGUUCAAGAGCAUUGGCAGACCAUUUUAGAAGUAAACCCCACAAACGAAGAAUUAAAGCACUGCAGAUGGAACCGUAUUCCCAGGAGGAGGCUGAGAGAGCAGCAGGCAUGGGGUCGUACAUCGCACCCAAAACAGUGGAGGUCAAAACUCAGGACACCAAGGAGGACGUGCAAGCAGAGGAAGUGGAAGGGACAUAACUCUGUAUGGACUACAACCUCAUGAGGAGACUGUGAUCACUUGUGCUGUCCAGCUCAUGAUGGAACAGCAAAUCUAUAUUUGCUAGUCUAUGAAAAUAUAUCCAUGUUUCGGCCUUGAAGGUUCGAAUUAAGGAGACUAGUUUAAACUCAUUGAUGUAACUGAAAUGCACUACAUUAUGUUAUGUGAUUGAUUUUCACUAAGAUUUCAGAGAUCCUGAUUUUGGAUCAACUGAGCAGUCUGUUGACCUAAAACUUCAGUCAAAAAUAUAAAAAAUACAUAGUUUUGUUUACGUGGCUACAUUUUGGUAGAUUGGAAAAGAGAGUAAAACUACAUUAAGAAAUAAAAAGCAACAGCUUGGCUUUUCCAUAAUUUGUUUUUGAUCAGCUGCACAGGCAAAUGCAAAUACGUAAUUUAUCUGUUAAUUUAGAGAUUAAGCCAGAAUGAAGUGAAUAUCUAAUAAUCGCAAAUAGUCUGAUGGCUGGUGUAUUGUCAUAUUCAUAAUCAGAUUUGGCUAGCAUAAAGACAUCAUUAAGCCUGAUACGGCUUUUUUAUUGCUAAAAGUCUAAAUAUGUGGCUUGAAUACUACUAAUACUCACUAAUAGGCUGAUAGGCUGGAAUACUUCUUAAAGUGGUAUAUUUGCCUACACUUUAGCUGUAGUGCAGUGAUGAGUGUCCUUCACUCAACAAAUGGAGGAUUUAGUUUCCCAUCUAGACUAUGAGUGCAGCGUAAAACUGAACUCACUCACUCACCCAUCUAGACUGACAAUACUGACCAACACAUGACAAUUUCCUUGUAGCUCAGGUCUUGGAAACUUACUGCUUUGGCCGAUCUCAAGACGGUUGGUUGGUUUGUUGUUUAAUACCAGCUGUAUGGUGGUGGUCUGUGAAUAAUCGAGACUGGAUCAGACAAUCCAGUGAUCAACAGCAUGAGGGUGGAUCUUUGCAAUUGGGAACCGAUGACAUGUGUCAGCCAAGUCAGCGAGCCUGACCACCUGAUCCUGUUAAUCACCUCUUACAAGCAUGGUUUGCUGAGGACAAAUUCUAACCCAGAUCUUCACGGGUCUAACUCAAGAGCAUAGUAAACCUACUGAUCAAUUCAGUAAGUUCAUCUAGUGUAUUGUUGGAUUAACCAAUUAUAACUCUUGAGACCUAAUACAGAUAAGCAUAAUCCCCCUUCAACUAAUCACCCUAAGUUGAAGACAAAUGCACUGUACGGAUCCUCGGGACUUGGGCCCUUAGUGUUACCUUCACGAAAUUGACAUUUGCUGUAUUUAAAAUUUAUGUAUUUCAUAUAAUUAAGAUUCCAAAACAAGAAACAGCUUGGAUCAGCAUUUGCUGGUGAGGUUAUGUGAAUGUUGUGUUUUUGUAUGAAAUAAAUUUUGAAAAUGUG